GCGGGCUGAGGGGCCGGGGGACCGGGAAAAUUAAAGCAAUGGACUUAAACUGAAUUACUUAAAAGUAAAUGAAGUAAAAGAAAGGACUUUGGAACUCAGGGUAAAAGGACGCAUUUCGUAAUUCUGGAUAACAAUUCAGAGGGACACAAAAGGUCCGUGCGCCCCCGCGCAUCGAACCCGGGUCCCGCUCCGGUCCGCCCAUCGCCCUCUGCCCUUCCCCGCCGCCAUGCUGGGCCUCGGCCGCUUCUUGCCGCUGCUGCUGCUCGCCGGGCUCUGCCCGCCCGCCAUCAGCCUCCGCCAUGGGCCCUCCAAGAUCGCCGUGGUGGGCGGCGGGAUCGGCGGCUCGGCCGCCGCGUAUUUCCUGCGGCAGAAGUUCGGCCGCAGCGUGCAGCUGCACGUGCUGGAGAAGGCAGCGCUGGGCGGCCGGCUGGACACGCUGGACGUGGAGGGGGCCAGCUACGAGGCAGGGGGGUCCGUGAUCCACCCCCUCAACCUGCACAUGAAGCAUUUUGUCCAGGAGCUGGGCCUUUCAGCCAACACACUCCAGGGCAGCCCCUCAGGCGUUUACAACGGGGAGGAAUUUGUGUUUGAGGAGAGCAGCUGGUCCUUCAUCAACCGCCCCAAGCUGCUGUGGCACUAUGGCCUCAACCCCCUGCGCAUGUCCAUGUGGGUGGAGGACAUCCUGGACAAGUUCAUGAGGAUCUACCGGUACCAGAUGCACGACUACGCCUUCAGCAGCAACGAGCGCCUGCUGCACGCCCUGGGCGGCGACGACUUCGCGCGGCUGCUGAACCAGAGCAUCGACGAGGCCAUGCAGAAAGCAGGCUUCUCCCAGAAAUUCAUCAACCAGGUGGUGUGUCCGGUCAUGAGGUAUGCUUAUGGCCAAGGGGUCACCGUCAAUGGCUUUGUAGGUGCUCUCCUUGCAGGCUGGUUGGAGUCAGGCCUUUGGUCUGUGAAAGGGGGGAACAAACUCGUGUGCUCCGGCCUCAUCUACUCCUCCAAGGCCGAGGUUAUCCCAGGAACAGUCGUGUCCAUAGAGCCAAAAACCAGACACCAGCGUGGUGGGGACGUGGUGAAGCUCUAUGAGGUCACCUACAACACAUCCUCGGGGCUCACCGGGGACACCUACGACAUCGUGGUCAUCGCGGCGCCGCUGGGCCGCAAGAUGGCCAACAUCACCUUCCGCAACUUCGACCCUCCCAUCCCGGAAUUCCACAGUCCCUACCAGCAGAUCUUCACCACCCUGGUGCACGGGCGCUUGAACACCUCCUUCUUUGGCUACCAGGACCCCCAGGAUUUUCAUCUUGGAGCUGUUUUCACCACGGACAACCCCAAACUGUUCUUUAACAGCGUGAACCUGGAGCCCCCCGUGGGUGACACGGGCACGGGCGAGAAGCUGCCGCUGCCCUCGGCCGUCUGGAAGGUGUUUUCCAACGAGGAGCUCAGCAAGGAGCAGCUCAAUCUGCUCUUCUCCUCCUACGACUCGGUGAAGGUGAAGCCGUGGCUGGCGUAUCCCCAGUACAGCGCUCCCGAGAGCUUUCCCCCCAUCGUGCUGCACGAGCAGCUCUACUACCUGAACGGGCUGGAGCGCGCCGCCAGCGCCAUGGAGAUGAGCGCCAUCGCCGCCCGCAACGCCGCCCUGCUCGCCUUCCACCGCUGGCACGGCCACGGCGCCAGCGUCGACCAGGAGGACCUGCACGAGAGGCUCAAAACGGAGCUCUGACACGCGCCCGGGGCUUAAUUAGCGCUAAUGAACUCUGUGCUGCGCUGAGGUGUUCCGUAGGAUCACAGGAUUCCUACAGUUGGAAGGUCUUCGAGAUCAUCAUGACCUUCAACAUCUUCACGAACAUCAAGACCUUCAAGAUGCCAUAAUUAACUCUAAUGAACUCCAUACUUUGCCCCUCCAAGGAGGUGUUUCAUAGGAUCAUGGGAUCCUUAAGACUGGAAGAUCUUCAAGAUCAUCAUGACCUCCAAGAACAUCAAGACGAUCAAGACCAUCAAGAUGCCAUAAUUAAUACUAAUGAACUCAGUGCUUCACCCCUCCUAGGAGGUGUUUCAUAGGAUCAUGGGAUCCUUAAGACUGGAAGAUCUUCAAGAACAUCAAGACCUCCAAGAACAUCAAGACCUUCAAGACCAUCAAGAUGCCAUAAUUAACACUAAUGAACUCAGUGCUUCACCCCUCCAAGGAGGUUUUUCAUAGGAUCAUGGGAUCCUUAAGACUGGAAGAUCUUCAAGAUCAUCAUGACCUCCAAGAACAUCAAGAUGCCAUAAUUAACACUAAUGAACUCAGUGCUUCACCCCUCCAAGGAGGUUUUUCAUAGGAUCAUGGGAUCCUUAAGACUGGAAGAUCUUCAAGAUCAUCAUGAUCUCCAAGAACAUCAAGACCUUCAAGACCAUCAAGAUGCCAUAAUUAACACUAAUGAACUCAGUGCUUCACCCCUCCUAGGAGGUGUUUCAUAGGAUCAUGGGAUCCUUAAGGUCGGACGAGUUUCAAGACCUUCAAAACCAUCAAGAACAUCAAAACCUUCAAGACCUUCAGGAUCACCAAGAUCUUCAAGAUCUCCAAGAAUGAUCAAAACUUUCAAGGCCAUUAGGAUCUUCAAGACCCUCAAGUACAUCAAAACCUUCAAGAUCAUCAAGAUUCUCAAAAGUUGUUAGGACCUUCAAGUCCAACCAUCAACCCAACCACGUUGACCAUUAACAAUCUCCUCAAGUGCCGCGUCCGUGCGUUGUUUGGACACUUCCAAGGGCUGAUGACUCUGCCACAGCCUAGGCUGGACAAGCCUUCCUUCCAUGACAAAAUUCUUCCCAAUAUCUCAUCUUGACAUCUCCUGGUGCCACCUGGAAGCUGUUUGGCCAGCUCAGGAGGGAACAGGAGCAGUGAAGCGUUCCCAAGUAAGCCGGGACAUUUUCCUCACACAAACUCCUCAAAGACCUUGAGUUAUCCUUGUCUGAGAUUAGGGAAUUCAUGAAAAAUACCAUAUCGACCCCAAAAGUGCUCUCCAGCUGGGAAUAUCAACUCCCUGGCUGUCCAUCCCUCUGCCCCAACUUUUCCUGCCAAUGAAUUUUUCCUCAGAGUGGAAACUGGGGGGAAUGGGGUGGUGGGAGCUGCCAAAAUGGGUGGGAAAGAGGAAGAACCACCAAUAUCCAUCACUGUGUUCAGGUAUGAAGCGAAUAAAGAAUUUAACAAUGUC